AUGAUGUCAUCGAAGUCAACCAACCACUCCACAGUGUAUGAAACUACUCUCAGUCCUUACCCACCAAGCAACUCGAUGGCUCCUGGGUCUCAACAGCCUCUGAGUUUCAACCACCUGCGAAACCAAGCUCCGAGCAGUCAGCCUCCCUUUAUCACUUCCCCUGGAAUCAUCACUAACAGUCAGCAGAGUCAAGGAAAUAUACAAAUGGUAAACCCAAUUAUCGGAACAAGAGCCACGAACUUUAAAGAAGAAGCAGAGACAAUUGGGGCAAUCCAGAUCAUAAUUGGAUUGAUGCACAUUGGCUUCGGAAUUACUUUGGGUCUAAUGAACGUCACUUACAGAGGUGUUUGGGGUUUUGCUUCCCUUGCCUUUAUCAGCGGAUAUCCAUUCUGGGGCGGCCUCUCUUUCAUUAUUACUGGAGCUCUCUGCAUAUCAGCAUGCAAGCAGCUUUCCCUUUGCCUGAUAAAAGGCAGCCUGGGAAUGAAUAUUGUCAGUUCUGUCUUUGUCUUCAUUGGGGUGAUUCUGUUGCUGGUGGAUGUGAGCAUCAAUGGGCAACCUAAUCAAGACUACUGGGCAGUGCUUGCUGGGAAAGGGAUUUCAGCCAUGCUGAUCAUCUUCUCCUUCUUGGAGUUCUGCCUAACUUGUACCACAGCCUAUUUUGCCAGCCAAGCAAUCACCAACACCAAUGGGGCUGUCCUGGUUGUUCCAACUGUGUAUACAAACAGCCCCUUGACCACAGGCUUGCCCUCGGUUCCUCCCAGAAAUUACGGCCACCUAGUGCCCACCCCACCUACCACCACUGGGUAUUAAAAGACAAAGAAACAUCAUGCAUUCUCACGGGGUAAAACCACCUGCAGAAACUUCCUAAGAAGCUG